AUGAUAAAAGCUAUGAAGCGAGUCUUGGAAAACGAAAACCGAAAAGACCGUGACAUUCUUAACGUUAUUGGCACAGUAAUGGCCCUUUCCGAGUUUUGGUUCCAACGAGAAUAUCAAGAAUAUUUGGAUUCUGAAGAAAAGCUAGCCGCAGCCCAGCCUUCUGAAGCCCAGCGUCAAGUUGAAGAGACCAGAGAACCUUUGAAUGACUAUCUACAUUCACCAGAAGCUACACUGUCUUCAGAGAAAUCGAUGGAAUCCAGAAAAUCAUCUACUACCCCACGUCAACGUACCGAAUCUGAAGCUACAUUAGUACAGGAAAUUCAAAACUUCAGAAUCUCUUCUGCAAAACAACAGAAGAUUCAGAACAAGAAAGAAAGAGCUCCAAUUGACACAAGGGGGAUCAAAACAGUACUUUCAAGGCUUUCUAACCUAAUUGACGGUGUUGACAGACUUAAUGUUGAGUUUAAAAGUGUAGAACAAGAUCUUCAUAAAGCUCUUCAGGAAUUGGAUUCAGAAAGUUGUGUAGCAGGUAAUUUCAAAACAUAUGUUAAUUGAUUAUAACAUUCUAAUCAGGAACGUCGCUAUGAUUUUUCUCUUAUCAAAAUAUAUUCUAUUAAGUGCCGACAUAAAGAACCCGCCAUACUUUGCCUGUAAUUUCCUGUAAAAAAUGGCGGGUUCUUCAUGUCGGCACCCAAUAUUAGGUCGUUCACUUAAUCCUGCACCCCCUUUUAAACAAAUUUCUGGAUUUAUGGGGCGCAGAAUUAAGUGAAUGACCUAAUAAUUAAAACAAUAAUUUAAAACACACUACAAUUUUCGAAAUGAUACCUAAAACAGUCUAAUAACUUUUUUUCAGAUUCUCCAAUGUCUGACACUUCUUCAGAACAAAGCGUAGAAGAAAGUCACAAUUAUGAAAAUUAUUUCUAUUUAUAA